CUGAAGUCACGUCAUACUACGGCCGACUAUCAGCAUUUGUCCAUUCUUUUUUCUAGUUAGGAGCCGAAGAACUCACUGCCGACAAGUCAGGGCUCAGUGACCCAGAACCGUAGUACUCUUGGUCCCCGUACACAUAAUCUGUAGGCGAAGACAUGUCGGAAAGAUUCCUGAUAUUCCCCAUGGCCUUGUUUGGCAAAGAGUUGAUAUACACGAGUGAGUUCAAUCGUUGGCAGCUGACGGCAGCGUUGUCAAGUCGAUGUAUCAACAAGGAGUGGCUACUGUUUCUGAUGAUGAGAAUAUGGAAAGGGGUGAGACAGGGCAGGGCCAUGCCUGACGCCGGGAGCCCAUUAUUAUAUUCACGAACAGGGCUCCUGCUAGGUACACAUCUUUCAUCUUGGGCCUUUGGAUGGAAGGCUGUAGGGCGAGGCGAGGUUGCACCCCCAGCGGAGGUGUGGAACAGGCACAGGGGCUUACCUUCGAGGCUAGACGGGGUUAGGAGCUGUAACUUCUUCUGUAAGUCGUUCUCGAUGGGCUUGCAUGGAUGCCGGGGUCCUGCAGUGCAGGGGUACGUAUCUCGACUUGCAGCAGGACACAAUUUGGAGGAUACGUUCCCCUACCGCCCUUUGCGUUCUCAUCCGCAGCUUGCCGAGGCACAUCGAUGGUAUUUUGUAAACUGGCUGCGGGAUGGAAUGUUUAGCAGAGACGGAAUGCCGAUCGUCGGAAUCGAAACUGGUCGUGCUGGAAGUCCUCGGAGCUGCAGUCUGAAUGAUUGAGUAUUCUACAGGAGUUCCGUGGGCGGUUCAGAGAAUGACUCCAAGAAUAAACUGCAUUGCUCAUUUUUGCUAGGUCUCGCGUUACUCUGGAUGGUGCCGGUCCGAUGCUUUGAGGUCCGGAAGGGGCGCGAAAACCGGUCGCUUUGAAUCGUCUUUAAAGCCCCGUGCCGACUGCCGACACUCGAGAUCAUAACCUGGAAGGGAAAGCGUUUCAUCGAGUGAUGAGUAAACAAGAAUGAGACAUCAACACAGCUCUGAGAGCCAGGAAAAUAGUUUACCACGACGCUGGAUGGCCACAGCCACAAGUUGGCAGGCCUUCACUUCGAGAGUGAGACGCGCGCCUGUAUUCUUAGGUUCAUCGUGAGCAGGCG